AUGGCGGACGCGGAGCCGGAAGCUGAGGGUGGCAGUGAGGACGGCUGCAGCGGCGGCCGGGCUCCCUUUUCCCAGCGCGGGAGCGCGGCGCGCGUGGCCCCGCUGGGCCCCGAGCAGCUGCGGCGCGUCCUGGAGCAGGUGACGAAGGCGCAGCCGCCCGCGGAGCCGCCGCCGCCGCCCUGCGUGCUGGACGCGGCGCGGCGGCUGCGGGACGCGGCCCAGCAGGCCGCCCUCCAGCGGGGCCCCGGCACCGAGCCCCCGCGCCCGCCGCGCCUGCUGCCGCCGCAGCAAUUGGAAGCCAUUUGUGUCAAAGUAAGAUCUGGAGAGACAAAAGGUCAGGAAAAGCCGAUGCCCGCGCUGGCCGCCAUCCAGCCCAAGCCGGCCAGGCUGGGCCCGCCGCCCAGUGGGCACUGCAGCGCGGUGGGGCUCAGCUCUCAGCUGCUGGGGGCGCCGCCAUGUGUCCUGAGUCACCACCCCCAGCCUCCUCUUCGAGUGUUCAUACAGAGGCCGCUGCCUGCCCUCCGGCCAGUCCCUGUGAAGACAGUCUUGGCUGCCGAGCCUCCGAGUGGCCGGAGCACUGCAGCAGUCCGUCUGUCAGCCUCUGACCUGCCAGCAAUCACAUCUGUUUCAUCCAGUUCAGCACAUUUAUUUAUUUCCAGCUCGCAAACAAAACACGCUGAGAAACUAAAGAAGUCUUUAAAAGUGAAAACACGUUCGGGACGGAUAUCUCGACCACCCAAGUAUAAAGCUAAAGAUUAUAAAUUCAUCAAGACAGAGGAUUUGGCCGAUGGUCACCCAUCUGACUCCGACGACUACACCGAACUGAGUGUGGAAGAAGAUGAAGAUCAGAGAGGGAGGCAGGCGCUCUUUGACUUGGCAAGCUGCUCCCUGAGGCCCAAAACUUUCAAGUGUCAGACAUGUGAAAAGUCAUACAUAGGAAAGGGGGGGCUGGCCCGGCACUUUAAACUUAACCCAGGCCACGGCCACCUGGAGCCUGAGAUGUCACCAUCUGAGAAAGCCAAUGGGAGCGUGAUCGCGGGCCCCACAGAGGGCAAGACCUGCAGCCUGGCGCCUCGGGGGCCACCCACGCCUGCUCUGCCAGUUGAGGAAGGGGCUGCGUCAGCGUGGCGGGGCCUGCAGAAUGGUCAGUCUGUGGAAGUUGAAGAAGCGCUGGUUUCUGAAGCAAAAAAUGGAAGUUUUUCAGCCCUUUUGGGAUCAGAGAGACAUCCCGGACCUAGAAGAAGCAGCUACUCCACAGAGCCCAGCACAGCUGUCCUGGAGCAGAGCGGCAUGGCUUACCCGCCAGUGGGUGCUGGGGCCUCGAGGAGCAGGGCCAGGCUCCAGGAGCUUCUCCACCAGUGUGACCGGGACGAUCUAGUGGGGUUGGCGCUGCCUCGGCUGGCUCAGGUUGUGACCGUGUAUGAAUUUCUUCUGAUGAAGGUUGAAAAAGGUCAUCUAGCAAAACCUCUCUUCCCAGCUGUAUACAAGGAGUUUGAAGAGCUACAUAAAAUGGUUAUGAAACUGUGUCAAGAUUACCUCCGCAGUUCUGGACCCUGUUCUCAGGAGCCUCUGGAAGUAAACAACAAUAAGGUUGCUGAGUCCUUAGGAAUCACAGAGGAGUUCCUAAGGAAAAGAGAAGGAUAUGCAGAUUGCGUUCCCGGCAAGUGCACCAGCCCGGAGGAGGCCCCAGCGGAGCUGGAGGGAGCGGGUCCGCAGAAGAGGGCGAAUGAGAUUGCAGAGGAUGGGCUGGCCUCAGUGAAAAGGACCAGGAGAGACGCUGUGCCCCAGGACCCCACGGAGUGUCCUGCUGAAGACGGGGGCCUGCAGAGGCCGGCCCUGUGUGCCCCAGCGGCCGGUGCGGGUUUUGCCCCUGGAGUGAAUGGGGGCUCCUCUCCCCGCCCCGAGGAAAGCCCCGCGAUGCCGGCUCCCAAGCAAGAGGGCAGUGCGGCACAGGCAGGCCACCAGCUGGCAGCACUGACCGGUUGGGCAGCUCAGGGUGGGCCUGUAGACCCCACUGCCCUGCGCCAGGGUGCCCUAGGCUGGGGCUCCCCUGUCCCUUAGGGGAACUGGGGACAUGGGCCCAGCACCAGCUGGCAGCGCUCCCUGGGGAGAGUAUCCAGAUGCUGGGGCUGGCCUGGGGAGCCCGGCUCUCUGCAGCACCUGUCUCCAGCCUGGACACUCAGAGGCAGGAAGUUUCUGCGAGGCGUGUGGCUCCCACCCGAGCAGCCCCGAGUCCAGCGCUGGCGAGGCCCCUGCCCCUCUGCCCAGGAAAGCGUGGUCCAUGCACACCGUGCCAGCCAACUGUGCGCACAGCACCGAGUCUGAGCGGAGCCUCGGCCCAGCCGGGGGCAGAUGCCGAGUCCUGAGGGGGCCCUGUAGGCCACAGGGGGCUGGGACCAGCUGCCCUGAGAGGCACACAGACCAGGGGCUGGAGGCGGUGCUGCCGUCGGGGAGGCCGUGCUUUUGAACUCAGCAACGGGUGCCCUGCAGUCUUGUCUCAGGAAUAGGAGCAGACGGCAGUUCAGACUCUGACUGGCUUCCCUUGUUCCAUCCGGGUUCCGUAGUGUCCGGGGAGGGGGGUACUGUCACAGUGACAGACGCAGAGGGGCCUGCCCUGCAGGGGGGCCCCCCGGAACGGCUCCUCUGGAGGCUUGGAGACGAAGCCCUCUCAGUGAGAUGGGGUCAGAGCCGCAGCCCUAGAUCUGUGUGGAUUUUACCCAGAGAAGGUCUGUUUCAAGGAACGUGUAUUUUUCUAAUGUGAAUACUGACACAAAUGAACAUUUUAUUUAUAAAGAAUAAUGUCUUUCUACCUCA